CAAACGAUUGAGAAGAUCAACAAUUUUCUUAGAAUAAAAAAUCUUUGUUCCUGCCAUUUUCAUAGGAAACCCUUACAGCUGAACUUGUAAGAUUUUUUCCUUCCAAAAUGAGCAAAUGCAAAAAUGAUUCUUGAGUGCCUGCGAAGGCUUGAACAAUUUGUAAGUUUGGCAAUUAAGAGGAAAAGGAAAAACCUUGGUCCUUCUAUCUUGAAGGGGAACACCACUAUAGACAUAUUGGAUGGUAUUGUCUUCAUGUUUUGGCAAAUUGGCAUGGGAAUUUCAGGUGCAAAACAAUAGAUCCCAAUAGGCUAAGGUGCAAAACAAAAAAUCGAAAGAAACAAUAUUAAAAAAAGACUCUUCAAAUUAGGGUGGCAAAAGCUUUGCUUGUGAGUAAUUGAGCUUUAAAUAUGUUUUACUUGUAAAAAUACAAUUUUACAUUCCAAAUGAGUUUCCUUUAUUUUUGAAACGCCGCAGCAGACUGCUUCCUUCCCAAGAUAAAAACUAGCCGUAAAGCCACGCUUUAGUGUUUUCCUUAUUUUCCUUGCAGAACAUUAGGGAAAACCCACCUUUCAAGUUUCAAUCUCGCUGAGAAAAGAGAAAGCUUUAGCUACAAGGUAGCUAGCCAUGGCGAGCGGGAAGUCGGUGAUGGCUUUGAUCAAAGCCCUGAAGCCCGCAUUUCGCAACGGCAACAACAACGACAAGGUCGCCUUUGCCGUUCACUCUUUCUUCUUAGCUUCUGGCUACGAGCUCACCGCCACAGGUACCCCUGCCUUCAACCCCUCUGGCCUCACCUCUGCUUCCACAGAUGAAGUGGGUAUUCAGGACUGGAACGAGCUUGACGACCAGUACGCCUUCAUCUAUGUGAAACCGGAAAAGGGUUCGAGGAAGGUGCUUGUGAAGUGUCUUGUAAUGGAGGGAAAAUUGCAUGUUUAUUAUGCUUUGACUGAUGGGUCUUCUAAGCAUGUGGAACUUGAUGUUGGCAACUAUGUUGAGGAAAAUGGAGGCGGCAAUUACUCCAGACAGUUCAAGAAUAUGGAGAUGCUAGUGACACGUCUGGAGUCUCUGCAGCAUUUUAGUUCAGAAACAAGUGAGACUAACUGUGUGAGGAGGAUCAAAAUUGAAUCUCAUUCUGGUCCUGUUCCACAAACUCAUAUUUCAGGACGCAAAAGAAAGGAGCUCCUUACUCUCUGUGAGGAGAAGGAAACUCCAGCUAACACCACCAAUGUCGCCGUGGCCGGUUCUGUCAAAUUGAAAGACUUCAAAGAGGAUAAAGUUUCUAUGCAGCAUGUGUACAGCAUAAGGCGAGUGAAGCAGAAAAUAGGUACAGGGUCAGAUGAAGCAGAUGGUCUUGGCAUACUGAUUGAGGACAAGAAAACGGAUAUUAAGGAGCCUCAUUAUGUUCCAGCUACUGCCCUCAUGGCCGAGCCCGUCCCUGCUUCUAAGGCUGCUGACUCUGUGCCUGCAACCCAGUUCCAUCAUUUGUCAGAUGAGAUGCUACCAUCACCUCUGAAGAAAAUAAGUCCUCGCCAUCUCCAAGAUGGAGAAGUGUACCGAGGUGGUAAAAGGAUGAGACGGUGAUGCUAUGUAGGAAAAUAAUCAAAGAAGAAAAGAGCCCAAAAGAAGCCUGAAACUUGAAUGGACUAGUCUGAGGCUUUGCGCCCAAGUUUCACAACAUGAAGACAUAAAUCUAGCCCAUAUUAUCAAAUUUCUAUUUUUUUUUGGGUUUGUAGCCCAUAGUUAUUGAAGCUAAUAAUAAUGUGACACGUGGCACACAUCGCUGUUGUUGAUUCCACGAAAACAAAUUUGAGACCUAACAA